AUGAUUGUGUUUCACCAACAAAAUUACCUCUACAAAUUAUGUCUGUUAAGCUCUAUUUUAAUGAUAAUUACCAGCUUUUUAAAUAUUAUGUAUAUUCUACGUCAUCCUACUACACACGUAGACGGCGAACAUGAUAAACAGAAAUUAUCGACAACUGUCAAACCGGAAGAUUCAUCACAAACGACCAAAGUAAUGAAAAUUCCUAAUAAUCAAUCUAUUAUUUUUCAAGCAGCGUUCAAAAAAAUGUUAGAUUCUUUUAAUGAAAAGUUCAUUUCAACAAUGCAUCAACACAAUUCAACGAAUGUACUCUGUCCGUCAAUACCGCCCGAUUUAGAGGGACCUUUGAUCAUAAAAGGAUUACCGAAAAAUUUUUCUCUUUUCAAUGAAUCUUCAUAUCACUUUCAAGUGCAGUUGGGUGGACGACAUCAGCCAAAAACAUGUUUAGCACGUCACAAAGUAGCUAUCAUUGUGCCGUAUCGUAAUCGUUGGGAAAUUUUAGAACAAUUUCUGUUUCAUACACACAUAUUCUUACAACGACAACAAUUAGAUUAUCGAAUAUUCGUUUGUGAACAAGCAUACGAUAAGACCUUUAAUAAAGGUAUUGUUAUGAAUGGAUGUUUCAAAGAAAUUCUCAAAUUAGAACCGAAUACACGAUGUUUUAUAAUGCAUGAUGUUGAUUUAUUGCUAAUCGACGAUCGAAAUAUGUAUUCAUGUCCAACAAAUCCACGUCAUUUGAGUGUUGCUGUUGAUAAAUUUCAAUUCUACUUACCAUAUCCCGAAUUAGUAGGUGGUGUUCUAGCAAUGCGUCGUGAGCAUUAUCUAUUGGUCAAUGGUUAUUCAACGAAUUAUUGGGGCUGGGGUGGUGAAGAUGAUGAUAUGCACAAACGUAUCGUUAAAAAGAAACUAAUACUUGAUCGACCACCGGCAGCUAUUGCACGAUAUAAGAUGUUAAAGCAUAGUCAUCAGAAAUUGAAUCCAGCUCGGAUGAAAGUCCUGCGUACAGCUAAUAAUCGAAUCGAUUCCGACGGUGUUAAUAAUGUAAUAUAUAAAUUACUAAACACGACACUCUAUCAUCUUUAUACACAUUUGUUAAUCGAUGUUGGUGAGCAACAUUAG